AUGACGGGAGUGGUGGAUGUGUACGUACGAGCGAGUGCAGAAGUAUUUAGGGAUGAUCGGGUGGAGAUGCGAGGAAUUGGGUUGGUCUGUCGGUUGGUUAAGGAAUUGCAUCCGGAGGCGGAAGUACGGGCGGUCGUGCGUAAGGAGGAAGAGGUAGAAGCAAGUUUAGAUUUGAACCGGCGGUUAAAUAAGGUUUAUGCGCCUAUUUUAGCUCCAGUUGAGUAUAAGGUGCGGUAUAGGAAGUAUUUGCGUGGGAUUGAGGUAGUUAGUGAUGGGGAUACAAUUGAUUGUCCGCUAGAAGAAGUAGUUAGCAAUGUUAUAGGUAUAAGUAGUGAUAAGAAUGGUAUAAGUGGUGAUAAGAAUGGUAUGAGUAAUGAUAAGAAUGGUAUAAGUGGUAUAAGUAAUAGUAAUGGUAUAAAUAAUAGUAAUAGUAAGAGUUUAGGUGAUAUAAGCAAAGACAACACUAUUAAUCAUACUAACACUACUCAUAGCAAUACUAAUACUAUUACUCAUAUUGACACCACUCAUAACACUACUAAUACUAACUCGAUAUAUACGGUGUUUUUAGGAACGGGGGCGGCAGUGCCGACACCUUUGCGGAAUGUUUCGGCUAUUUUGGUAACGGGCGGAUACGGAUCAGUACUGUUGGAUUGUGGUGAAGAUACAAUUGGACAAUUGCAGAAGAUAUCGAUGGGGAAUCGGUUUUAUUAUUCGCAUUUGGAAAUGGUUGUGCUGACGCAUCGGCAUGCUGAUCAUAUUUUGGGUGUGUUUUCAGUAAUAAGACGGGCUAAUGUGGCUGGGAAUAAGACAGUAGUGGUAGUGGGUGAUUUGUGUAUGCUGGAUGCUUUGAAAUACUUUGGGCUGUCUUGUAUAUUUGUUCGUGCUAAAGCUCGUUAUGCCUUGAAUAUAUACCGGGAAAAGACCUUAAGUACAACUAAGAGUUACUUGGUGAUUGGGCCGGUUUCAGAUGUAAGUAGUCGAGUUAAUCCGGUUAGUUCGGUGGUUUUGGGUAUUACGAAAGGAUUAGGUGCUGAGGAAGGAGUGGUGGAUCCUUAUGCUUAUCGGCCUUCUUUUAAGCGGCCGGCGAGUGAACUGGCCGUGCACUAUUGGCCGGGUGAGAAAGGUUUGGAUUUGGUUGUGCCGGUGGGAUUAGAUACAGUGUUAAUGCGUGGUGCUUGGAAUUCUUUGGUUAGUCUGCCCUUACUGGUCUAUGGAAUUGAACUCUGUUCGGCCCAGCAUAUUGCUAAUAGUUAUAGUGUUCGUUUGAAUAAGUAUGCUUUGAAUGAGUUAGAGUUUGCUUUGAGUUAUACGGGUGAUACAGUGCCUAAUCAGGAGUUUAUUAGGUUGUCAAAUAAGGUAGAUUUAAUGAUUCAUGAAGCUACAUUUGAAACGGAAGAGAAGAAGAAUGCUGAACAGACGAGACAUUCAACUGUCCAAGAUGCCAUUGAUUCGUUUAAGGCAUCACAAGCUAAAUGGCUUAUCUUUACUCACAUUAGCCAACGGUAUAAGUCGCUGCCUAGAAACUUGCCGGUCGGUUCAUUUGCCUUUGACUUUAUGGUUUACAGUCCACUCGGCCUGCCCUCCCAAGAUGCCCUACUAAUGGAACUCCACCGAUGGGCCCAAGAAGACCGUAGAUCGGGUAACAAAUAA